CCACCACACACAUCUCAGACCAUGCUCGCUCUAAGAAAGCAGGCGCUGCAAUGCCGCGCCUUCUCGACUACCCGCGCAGCCAACAAAAUCAUCGGCAACCGGCCACUUCGCGCAAAGGAGGCAUCCUCCGUCGGCAUGAUUGGCUCAAAGUACCCAGUCAUCGACCAUGAGUACGAUGCACUCGUCGUCGGUGCUGGCGGUGCAGGUCUCCGUGCAGCAUUCGGACUCGCAGAAGCUGGAUUCAAGACUGCUUGCAUCACGAAGCUCUUUCCAACCCGUUCACACACUGUCGCAGCACAGGGCGGUAUCAAUGCCGCGCUUGGCAAUAUGACUGAAGAUGAUUGGCGAUGGCACAUGUACGACACCGUGAAGGGAUCUGAUUGGCUGGGUGACCAGGAUGCUAUUCACUACAUGUGUCGCGAAGCACCGCGAACAGUCGUGGAGCUUGAGCACUUUGGUAUGCCAUUCUCGCGAACGGAUGAAGGCAAAAUUUACCAGCGUGCAUUCGGCGGACAGUCGCUCAAGUUUGGUAAAGGUGGACAGGCAUACCGAUGUGCUGCCGUUGCUGACCGAACGGGCCACUCACUUCUACACACACUUUAUGGACAAUCGCUGCGUCACGAUACAAACUUCUUCGUUGAGUACUUUGCCUUGGAUCUCAUCAUGGAGAAUGGCGAAUGCAAGGGUGUCAUUGCCCUGAACCAGGAAGAUGGUACGCUUCACCGAUUCCGCUCUCACAAGACUGUCUUGGCGACUGGUGGUUACGGUCGUGCUUACUUCUCUUGCACAUCCGCACACUCGUGCACUGGUGACGGUAUGGCCAUGGUGGCCCGUGCUGGUUUGCCACUCCAAGACAUGGAGUUUGUGCAGUUCCACCCAACUGGUAUCUAUGGCGCUGGAUGUUUGAUCACUGAAGGUUCUCGUGGUGAGGGUGGUUACCUCCUCAACUCUGAAGGUGAACGAUUCAUGGAGCGUUAUGCACCUACUGCCAAGGAUCUGGCUUCACGUGACGUUGUUUCGCGUUCCAUGACCAUGGAGAUUCGCGAGGGUCGUGGUGUUGGUCCAGACAAGGACCAUGUCUACUUGCAACUCUCUCACUUGCCCGCAGAAGUGCUCGCUGAGCGUCUGCCUGGUAUCUCAGAGACUGCUGCCAUCUUUUCCGGUGUCGAUGUCACCAAGGAGCCCAUUCCAGUUUUGCCAACCGUCCACUACAACAUGGGUGGUAUCCCAACAAACUUCCACGGCGAGGUAUUGACUGUUGACAAGGCCGGCAAGGAUCAGGUUGUUCCUGGCUUGUUCGCUGCUGGUGAAGCUGCUUGCGUCUCUGUACACGGUGCUAACCGUCUCGGUGCCAACUCACUCCUGGACAUUGUUGUCUUUGGUCGUGCCGUGGCCAACCGUAUUCGCGACACAUUGACACCCGGAACACCACUAUCAGCCAUGCCUGCUGAUGCAGGAGCUGCAUGUAUCGCUGAUUUGGAUGCUAUCCGGACACGCGAGGGAACACGCUCAACGGCUGAAGUGCGUCUUGAGAUGCAAAAAGCCAUGCAGAGUGAUGCAAGUGUCUUCCGCACGCAAGCCUCCCUUGAUGAAGGUGUGCAGAAGCUCGCUGCAGUGGAUAAGAAGUUUGAGAGUAUUCACAUCCAGGACAAGUCGAUGAUCUGGAAUUCCGACUUGUUGGAGACGAUUGAGUUGAAGAACUUGUUGACGUGUGCUCGGCAGACUGUCAACUCUGCAGAGGCACGUAAGGAGUCUCGCGGUGCGCAUGCGCGUGAGGACUUUACGGAGCGUGAUGACAAGGACUGGAUGAAGCACACUUUGUCCUUCCAGCCCACACCCCACGGCGACGUCAAGCUCAGCUACCGUGGCGUCAUGUCCAACACAUUGGACGAGGCAGAGUGCAAGGCUGUGCCACCUUUCAAGCGUGUGUACUAGACGAUGCGUAUAGUUAAAAUAGGAGAAUGCUGUUUUUUGCCAGUGGUGUA